AUGGACGUGGACGAUUCGGCUGUGGAUCUCAGCGUGAGGUCCCUACCACCAGAGCUGAGUGAGCUGCGAGCUCUAACUGCAAGUGGACUAACUAUUACACCAGCACAGCCUCCACCACAUGGUGCAAGUGGCAAACGGGUGCUUCGUCCCAGAUCUGAGACCCGUAGUUAUGCAGAAAGUCCUGAUAUUGUGCUACUCCCAGCGGCACCACCUCAUAGAAAACCUACUCUUGCACCGCCCACACCUGCUCCAUUUACUGAUGUAAGCAGCAAGCUAAAUUCUGCACCUGUCAAUGUGUCUAUAACAGCCAGUGCAGUGCCGGCCAUUCCAGCACAUGUGGAGUCACCACGCGAUCCUCGAGAUGAAGAAGAUUCUGAGGAGGAAAAUGAACCACCGCUGCCAAUACCAGGGCAUAGGGAAUUAUCAAGUGCCGAGAUAUGGGAACGCGAGCGUCGUCUGCGUACGUUGCGGGAACAGCUUAGAGCGGAGGAGACCCGGCUUGUCUUACUUCGGAAGCUGAGGCAAUCCCAACAGGCAGCUACGUUGCCGCCAGUUAAAGAGUCCACAACGGGUACAGCAUUAGCGGGCAGUGGGUGCGUCGUACCCCCCGGAGUUACUGUUACUCCGGCGCCGCCACCGGCUCAUCAGCAAACCAAGCGCACGAGCAGCAACAGCGCCGCGAGUAACUGCAGUACUUCGAUAAGCAGCUCCUCCCGCCGCUCUGCCAAUCUUCCGGGUGGCGCCACGCUCACUCCGGGCCCAUACCGUUCACAGUCGUCAACAUCGGGAGGCGCAAGUAUUACCCCUUCUGUGACGAUCACUCCUGCGCCGCCACCAGCUUCACAACUGUCUGCGCCUAAGCCCGCUCAGGAUAAUUCGUCAGUGACGAGCAGUACCAGCGAUGCAGCAAGUACCCGCAGUUCGGAAGAUACACAGACACCCGCCCAACGACAGGCUGCCGCUAAAUUAGCGCUCAGGAAACAGCUAGAGAAGACGCUAUUGCAGAUCCCGCCGCCUAAGCCUCCUCCGCCAGAGAUGAACUUCAUCCCGUCUCCUAGCAACAAUGACUUUGUGUACCUUGUGGGUCUGGAACAUGUCGUCGACUACCUUACUAAUGAAGAUCGUUUCCCGCGUUCGUCAGUCCCAGCCGUGUGCGCGCAGUGCGGUUGCGACUUCACGCCCGUGUGGCGUUGGGAGCGUGCGCCCUCGCGUCGCCAGGACGCAACUUUUACGCCCGCUUCUGCUUCCGCUACUUCUGCGAGACGUCUUUGCGAGUUGUGCGUGUCGGGCAAUGUUAAACGGGCGCUCAAGGCGGAACACACAGCUCGCUUGAAGACGGCGUUCGUCCGCGCCCUUCAGCAGGAACAAGAGAUCGAGCGACGCCUGGCUGCCCCCUCCACCUCUCCACCCCCCCACCCCUGCUCCGCCCCCGGCUCACUCUCAUCAUAA